CAACUUUAUAUCAUAGAAAAAGCCCAAUAAACUUCGGCCCAAAGACACUCUCUUUCGCCUGACAAAAUCUUGGAGGUUGUUGUAGGCUCGACUCUUGAGUCUUGAAAAGAACAUUGUGUAGCAAACCUUGACCGAUAAAAUCUUUUCCAUUAUUUAUUUUUAAACCAUAAUCUGCAUACGAGAUUCUUUUUUACUUUCUGAUUUCUUUGGAGCUAAGGAAUCAGCAUGAAACAUACUUUGGUUUGCUCUGAUGAUGUGUUUGUUCAAUACAUUGCAAUAAACUAGAUUUUAGUUGACUAAGCACACUAUGUUUGAUAUAUUCCUUAGCCAUUGUGUGUUGGAUUAAAUUAAAACUUUGUGACUCUGACGAUAUGACGAAAGAUAAGAAAUUCAAACAAGAAAAUCUUACAACAAUUCCAAGAAAUGGAAACAUUCUUGGUCAAGCUCAUCUAAAGGCCACAUCUGUAUAAAUGUUUAAGGUUCCCCAUUAUUAGUCCCGAAUUACAUUCUCUUGUAAUGAGGAAUCAUAGAACAUCAAUCUUUUUGGUGCUAAGUUUGGUUAUGAUUCUCGAUGGGCAGAGCGGUUUCUUGGCGCGAGCGGGUGCUGAGAGAAAGGUACUCGAUAGACAAUUAUGUUCAUAUAGUGUAUUUAGGUGAGAAACAGCAUGAUGAUCCCGAGUUGGUCACGAAAUCUCAUCAUCGGAUGUUGUGGUCACUUCUUGGAAGUAAAGAAGAUGCCCAUAAUUCAAUGGUGCAUAAUUUUCGACAUGGCUUCUCAGGUUUCGCGGCCAAACUUACCGAGUCUCAAGCCAAGAAAAUUGCGGAUUUACCUGAAGUUGUUCAUGUCAUACCGGAUAAAUUCUACAAACCGGCAACAACUCGGACUUGGGACUACUUAGGCCUUUCUGCCACCAAUCCAAAGAAUCUUCUAAGUGAAACUAUUAUGGGUGAACAAAUGAUCAUCGGUAUUAUCGACACAGGAGUAUGGCCAGAAUCUGAAGUAUUCAACGACAAUGGGAUUGGACCGGUGCCAAGCCACUGGAAAGGAGGCUGUGAAUCAGGAGAGGAUUUUAAUUCCUCUCACUGCAAUAAAAAGCUCAUAGGAGCCAAGUACUUCAUCAACGGUUUUCUUGCGGAGAACGAAAGCUUCAACUUCACAGAAUCACUUGACUUCAUUUCCCCUAGGGGCUAUAAUGGUCAUGGAACACAUGUUGCAACCAUCGCGGGCGGCUCAUACGUGCCCAAUAUAAGCUACAAGGGCCUAGCUGGAGGGACUGUGAGAGGUGGGGCACCGCGUGCUCGUAUAGCAGUGUACAAGACUUGUUUGUAUCUUGAUGAUUUAGACAUAACGAGUUGUUCAUCCGCUGACAUCUUGAAAGCAAUGGACGAGGCAAUCCAUGAUGGUGUUGAUGUUCUGUCUCUCUCUCUAGGCUUUGAACCUUUGUAUCCAGAAACCGAUGUUCGAGAUGGGAUAGCUACUGGGGCAUUCCAUGCGGUCUUAAAGGGUAUUACAGUUGUUUGUGCUGCUGGUAAUGCGGGUCCAGCGGCACAGACCGUUACAAACUUGGCUCCUUGGAUCAUCACAGUGGCUGCAACUACUCUAGAUCGGUCCUUUGUCACACCUAUGACACUUGGGAACAAUAAAGUGAUAUUGGGUCAAGCAAUAUACACAGGUCCAGAAGUUGCCUUUACUAGCUUGGUUUAUCCAGAGAAUCCAGGGAACAGCAACGAAAGCUUUUCUGGUACCUGUGAGCGUCUUCUCAUUAAUUCUAACCGUACAAUGGCGGGGAAAGUCGUGUUGUGUUUCACAGAAUCACCUUAUAGUAUUUCUGUAUCAAGGGCUGCACGUUAUGUGAAGAGAGCCGGUGGUCUCGGUGUAAUCAUCGCAGGACAACCAGGCAACGUUCUCAGACCAUGUCUAGAUGAUUUCCCUUGUGUUUCUGUUGACUACGAGCUCGGGACCUACAUACUUUUUUACAUACGUUCAAAUGGAUCACCUGUAGUGAAGAUACAACCUUCUCGGACACUCAUUGGACAACCAGUGGGUACAAAGGUAGCAAGUUUUUCAUCAAGAGGACCUAAUCCAAUUUCAGCAGCAAUCCUUAAACCGGAUAUAGCAGCACCGGGAGUGAGCAUAUUAGCGGCUACAACCACCAAUACCACUUUCAAUGACCGAGGAUUCAUUUUCUUGUCAGGGACAUCAAUGGCAACUCCAACUAUUUCAGGAGUUGUUGCACUUCUCAAAGCUCUGCACCCUGAUUGGUCUCCUGCUGCCAUUAGAUCAGCCAUUGUCACUACAGCUUGGAGAACAGAUCCAUUUGGAGAACAGAUUUUUGCGGAAGGGUCACCUAGGAAGCCAGCUGAUCCAUUCGACUAUGGUGGAGGUCUUGUGAAUCCAGAGAAAGCUACAAAACCAGGUCUUGUAUAUGACUUGGGACUCGAAGACUAUGUUCUCUACAUGUGCUCUAUUGGUUACAAUGAGUCAUCGAUCUCUCAACUUGUCGGUAAAGGAACCGUCUGUUCGAAUCCCAAACCAUCUGUUCUUGAUUUCAACUUGCCCUCCAUCACUAUCCCAAAUCUCAAAGAAGAAGUCACUCUCACCAGAACCCUCACGAACGUUGGCCCACUCGACUCGGUCUAUAGAGUAGCGGUUGAGCUACCUUUGGGCAUUCAAGUGACUGUCACACCGGAGACUUUGGUGUUUAACUCUACAACCAAAGGGGUCUCUUUUAAAGUGAGAGUCUCGACCACACACAAAAUCAACACUGGUUACUACUUUGGAAGCUUGACUUGGAGUGACUCUCUGCAUAAUGUCACCAUUCCUUUGUCUGUGAGAACUCAACUUCUGCCAUACUACUACGAUGAGAAUUGAACAAACAAACAAAAACUAACCAUUUGUGACUUGUGAGUUUGUACUUAUGAAAGCAUAUACAUUGAAGUUAUUAAACAUUAAAUUUGUGGAGCCUAUAAUUGAAUAAGAGUGAAAUUUCUUUGUUCUUUCCACGGAUGAAUUAUUUCAGACUUAGCCACAUAAAGAAAAAUUACCUAAAAUCAACAAGUAUUAACAAAUAACCUACAAAACAGAGGUUGGCUCUGUUUCUUCGUAUACAAAAUUUCCAGUGUUUGAGUGUUGAUUUUUAAGCUGAACUAACUUAAUAUUUGAAACUCAGUGUU